UUGCGCGCUUUAUCUGAUAAUUAACCACAAGUUACCCUCAAAACUUACCAUGGAACAAAAAAAAGAAGCAAACCUACCUUUUGACUGGGGCAUACUUGAGAAUGAAUGGUUUUUUCCCCUUUUUAUAAGGAGGAAGUAUUAGUCCCAAAACCAUCUUACUGCAAUAUAUGUGCAGAAGGAAAGAGGAACAGAAACAAAGGAAGGCUAUGGCUCAUGAGAACAAGAUACUAAUAAUUGGAGCAACUGGGUAUCUAGGAAAAUUCAUGGUGAAGGCAAGCGUAUCAAUGGGCCAUCCGACUUACGCUUAUGUUCGCCCAAUCAAACCAGAUUCCGACCCUUCCAAGCUAAAGACACACGAGGAAUUUAGAUCCAUGGGAGUCUCUGUGUUCCAAGGUGAGUUAGAUGACCACGGAAGGCUUGUUUCAGCUCUGCGACAAGUAGAUGUUGUCAUUUCUACAGUCGGAGUUCCUCAAUAUCUUCACCAACUCAACAUAAUUAGUGCUGUGAAAGAAGUUGGCACUAUAAAGAGAUUUGUACCCUCCGAAUAUGGAAAUGAAGUGGAUAGAGUAAGCGGGCUCCCGCCGUUUGAAGCUCUGUCCGAGAGGAAGAGGAAAAAAAGGAGGGCAACAGAAGCAGCAGGACUAUCAUACACUUAUGUUUCUGCAAAUUCAUUUGCAGCAUACUUCAUUGAUUACUUUCUCCAUCCACGCGAGUCGCGCGACAAUGUCGUAGUUUAUGGUACUGGUGAAGCCAAAGCGGUGCUGAAUUAUGAAGAAGAUGUGGCUGCGUACACCGUUAAAGCAGCCACAGAUCCAAGAACAGCCAAUAGUGUCGUUAUCUGCAGGCCCUCAAACAACAUUGUCUCUCAACUAGACCUCAUAUCUAUGUGGGAGACAAAGACGGGACACACUUGCGAAAAAGUUUAUGUUCAUGAGGAUGAGCUCAUCAAACUCACCCAGACUUUACCCUACCCAGAAAACAUUCCGGCGGCAGUGCUACACAAUAUAUUCAUUCAGGGAGAUCAAAUGAGCUUUGAAUUAAGUGGUGAUGAUUUGGAGGCAUCAAAGCUAUACCCUGAUUACAACUACACUUGCGUCGAUGGAAUCCUUGAUAUUUGCUUGGUCAAUCCUCCAAAACCCAAAUUAGCAACAUUAGCAUGACUACCCUUUCAAUAUUAAUUCCUAGCUAAAUGUCAAUGUUAUUGUGUUUAAUCCUUUGUUUAAUGAACAUUUGCUUGGACUUUGGUUUUA